CAUACAACGGUUUUGCCCUUUGUAUUAAUCGAGAUGAGAACAACACAUCAUCAGUAUCCCAGCAGGAGCUGUGGACUGGCUGCAGUGUGCACCUUCGCUGUUGGCUAUAUUUUAUGGGUGUGCUGGAUUCACCAUAUUACAGGAAUGUGGGUGUACCCUCUUCUUGAGCACCUCAGCCCAGGUGUCAAAAUAAUCUUUUUUGCAGCUGUUACAGUAAUAAUUAACAUAUUCUACUUGGUGGGAGAGGUGCUGAACAACUACAUCUGGGAUACCCAAAAAUGUAUUGAAGAAGGAAAAGAAAAGCCAAAAUUGGACUAAACAAUAGAAGCAACAUAGAGGAUUGUUUACGGCUCCGUGGAAGAUUUCUCAUCCCCAACAGAGGUUGGCAUGGAGAGGAAUCUUUUGGAAAGGAGGAAGUGUAGUGGGCCCUCUGCUCAGUUAAAGGAUAUUUUGGGGUUUUAUAUGGAGGGAAAAUGAUUUUAGCUAAGAAUAAUGUUUCAGCCUCCAUUCCUGUUUCUCCAUGCUUGCAUGUGACACACACAUAUAAAAUGUAUAUUUAUCUCCACGGCAUUCUCAAUGUGUGUUUCGUGCAUCAAAUAAGUCAUUAAAUCAUUAAGCCAUUAAAUCUUUUCACUUCCAUCAAGAAGAACAAUGAGUGCAUUCUCUGUAUUGUUUGAGGAAAACUUAACCAGAUAAGUCUAAUAUGGGGAAACAAAGCAAUCCUAUAUAUUUCAAAGUACAGUGUAAAAAUACAGUAGAGGUUAAUUGCAUGAAUGUAUUCGAAGAAGAAUUCAAUCUGACUGAAACUAAUGUAACACUAUGCCUUAAAUCAGUGAUGUUAGUAAUU